AUGCUAAACCCUGCUGCAAACGGAGAGUCGGUGCAUGUGCUCUCCAAUUACGUGGAGGAAUACCUGGAGCUGGUGGAGUCGUUACCUCUGGACCUACAGAGAUAUGUUUCUGUAAUGAGGGAAAUAGACGCGAAAUAUCAAGAGAUCCUGAGGGAGCUGACUGACGUUUAUGAGAAGCACAAGCAGGAAUCUGAUCCGGUCCAGAGGCGGCGUCUCCUCCAGCACAUCCAGCGCUCUCUGAUCCGUACCCAAGAGCUUGGAGACGAGAAGCUCCAGAUCGCGGGGCAGAUGGUGGAGCUUGUGGAGAACCGCACUCGUCAGUUCGAGUGGCAGGUGGAGCUUUUCCAGGCUUCUCAGAGUUCUCCGGAGAGCACCGUGUCCGUCGGGAGCAUCGCUUCCCCUGCCGUGACGCCGGUAAACGUGACGCCGCUGCCCACGCCACUGAUGUCUCUGGCCAAAACGGGGGCCGAAAGAAAGCGGGAGGAGACGCCAGGGUCGUGUGAUAAAGUGAGCGGGAAACGCUCACGGCGGCAAAAGAGCGGAUCGGAAAACCGGGACAACAACAAUUACGGUUUGGAGCACAGCGACGACACUGUGAGCGUCGUCACCCCGAAAGAGAAGAAGGCCAGGACGUCAUCGACGUCGUCGACGAAAAAGAAAAAGAGGUCAAAAGCGAAGCAAGAGAGAGAGGCGUCUCCGACCGACCUUCCCAUCGACCCGAACGAGCCCACGUACUGCCUGUGCGAGCAGGUCUCCUACGGAGAGAUGAUCUGCUGCGAUAACGACAAGUGCCCCAUCGAGUGGUUCCACUUCUCCUGUGUCGAUCUCCACCACAAGCCCAAGGGAAAGUGGUACUGUCCGAAGUGCAGAGGAGACAACGAGAAGACUAUGGACAAAACCCUCGAGAGGCCUAAAAAGGAGCGAGCCUAUAACAGAUAGUCUCUCUCUCUCUCUCUCACACACACACACACACACAGUGCCUUUUCAGUAAGAGUCAAUACAUGGAGUUUGGUUCAUUUUAUACUUUGGAGGAAAAGAAGAAGAAGCAUUAAAGGAAAACACCAGCUUUAUUAUUAGUACUCCCCCCGUCCCCAUUCUCUAACUCUGUCCAAUACGUCUAGUGGGUGUGUGAGAGAUUUUAUUAUGGACAAAAAUCCCUAUGUUUCCUUUCAUUAUAAUUAAGUUUUAAAUUUCACCAACAACUGACAUUCGAAUUAGGCUAGUUCGCUUCGCUUUUCCAAUCUAAUCCGAGAAGGAAGCUAGGACGAAGCCGAGUUCUACACCGGUUGGUGCGCUUGCGUUUAACUAGUUAGCUUUUGAAGCUGUGCAGCUACUCACUUUUCACAUCUGAACUAAUAAUAAAUAAAUAAAUAACGCUGGACAGGCCAAGCCCACAUGUAAUCGCUUAUUAAUGUGGACAUACGGUGACUUUUAAACAAAAACACUGCUCCGAGUUUGUUUCGGUGAGCGUUUUGAAAGGUUAUCAUAGUGUUAUUUGUAUAAUUUUAUACUCAAGCAACAUUUUAUUAAUCAGCUAUCGGCACUUCUUUGAAAAAACAGAACUGCUUAAGUUCGUUAGAAAAUAUGAUGUAAAUAAGCGGGUAGGAAGGUUAAAUAAGCAGUCGAUGUUCGCGACGUUCUCUCGGUUGGUUUUUAACCCCGACUGUGUUACCGUUAGAGUAACGAGUUUGAGUUACGUAUUUUAAAUGUUUAUUGGCGGUGUUUAGAGGCUGCCCUUGGACUUCUUUAUAAUACGUUUGGAUUUAUUUUUCAUCGCUAUAGAGAGAGAGAGAGAGAGAAAUUCUCAUUCCUGAUCAACACACACACGACUGGAGUUGUUCUUUAAGGUUUCUACAUUUGAAUCCAGUUGUAUUGCGUUAUGCAUGACUCUAAGAACUCUUAAUGUACACAAUAUUACUGUUUCAUAGAUAUUUCUUCUGUAUUUCACUUCACAUCAUAUUCAGCACCACAUUUACAAUAAAGUCAAUUCUACGCAUCA